GUAGGAUGUUUCAUCACAUUAACUGUGGUUAACAAAUGCGUAUGGCUACAAAGCAGGAUGGAUCACAUUCCCCGUGUAUCAGAUGUCAUGUAUGUGGGUCUGUGCCAUAAAAUAGGGACACCAACAGAAGUGACCUUCAGAAGGGAUUUGUGGGACACGGUAGAGAUGAUACGGAAACCAUCACAGUUAUAUAAAGGAGAGCGAAAGAUGCUGAGUGGUAGUUAUAGGGAGGGAUUCAGGUUUGAAUCCUCUGAUUUAGAUUUCAUGCUUUGGUUUCACGAUCAUAAGGUGAUAUGUGAGAUGUCUCAGUCCAUGGUUUAUCAUCCACCCAGACAUACACUUAUCUAUAUGGAGGCCUCUGAUACUCCCCCAGGAUUCGCCAUAUUACAACUACUCACACCGUCAAAUCGCCGAAUUGUCAUGUCCUCAAUAUUGGAGAGAAAUGAGAUGGUGUACAUUUCGAGUUCAUUGCUCCGGAUGAGAUUUCAUCAAUCAUGGAUUGGAAUGAAUCCAGCCAAUGAAGGGGAGAACAUGCACGGUCCUUGUCAUAACUACACGUAUAGAUCUAUAGAAAAUGAUAUAGCGCUGUGUUUCCAUUCCCGUCAUUGGCCCUUACCAGCCCUUCCCUGGGUUGAGAGAUGCUUGACUCGCGCCUGGCCGUCAAUUUGUGUGCUACAAUCAAUUGUUGAUGACGGAUUUCAUCUCGUUCCUAUCGCAAACAGACAGACAAAUGAAAACUCGGACUUAGAGUGGAGAAUUUCUUUUUCACAAGCGGAACAAAAGCUUGUGUACUCUAUGAACCAUUGCCAGUUUCUCUGUUACGGGCUAAUGAAAAUAAUUCUGAAGGAAAUUAUUUCUGACGAAUUGCUAUGUUCAUAUUUUAUGAAAACAAUAUUAUUUUGGAGAAUCCAGAAGACAUCUUCGACUCCAUGGGUACCAUCAACAUUGCUCCAACAUGUUUGGUUUUGUUUUAAAUCCUUGAUGCAAUGUGUUUAUACGGGUUACCUUCCGAAUUUCUUUAUUCCGGAGAAUAACAUGUUUGCAGGAAAAGUUGUCGGGGCGCAACAGAUGUCACUGUAUCAAAAGUUAGAAACAUUUUACAAAAUGGGCGUUGCCUUCCUGUUACAUAGUCCAACUCUCAGAGAGAUUCUGACCCCGGCCCUCUCCGAUCCAUACUUUGUAAUGCAGACAGGGGAAAGUUAUCUCAAAUCAGAAAUAGAUAUUGAUAUUGCUUUUUGUCGUGAAAGCGUCAGUCUUCUAAUUGUGACAAGUGUAUCAGAAUUUCUUUUCAACAUGAUGCACCUAAAUAUCAUAGAUCAGUUAUUCACAAACUGCCGUAAUGUUGUAUCAGUAUAUCAUGAUAGAUUACUGCAUGUGCUUGUAUCAACUUCCAUGUCAUUAAAACUACAGAGUUUGUCUGUGUCUAAGAAAAAGAGAUACACCAUUGAUAGGUCAAUAAUUCACAUGUUGGGUCUAGUUUCAAAGUUAGGUUGUGUAUCUGAUGGUUUAUAUUUAGCGUUAUACUUGUACGAUACCGGUAGAUAUCAAACAGCGCUAACUGUCACAGAUACAGUGAAGCAGAAACUCUCACAGCCCCAUAUAUUGUAUCGCUGUAACGUAGACAGACAGAGAUACAGUGAGGCGGUAGGUGGUCAGUCUAUGUUAACUAAGUUUAGGAAGGCUUGGGCAAAAGAUAUUGUUUUCGAUAAACAAUUUACAUAUAUUGACGAAUUAAGGUUAGAGCAAGGAGUCAAUAAAAUGAACGGAAUGGGGAUUUUCCAUGUAUCCCCCUUUGUGAUCCUGCACAUGUUAUAUGUCCUAUGUCACUACAGACUAGGUAACAGGUCCCAAUAUCUACAGGCACUGACAGACCUACACACCCUACUGCUCUAUGAUGAUGGGGGAUACGUACUUGUACUUUGCAGAGACCUGUCCUGGCAGAUACUGGGGAUCUGUCAACAUGUUGUGGGGGACUUGCACGGGGCGUUACAGUCUUAUCAAGAGUCACUCAGACAGAAACCAAAGAACAAAAUACAAAUAGCCACGGAAACUAGAAUUAAUUUACUCAAAACACAAAUAAAGGACAGUACUCGUAUGACCACGUAAAAGUAUUCUUGUUGACGGUUUCGCUCCGUUUUCAAUUCGCCCAGACACAGCUGUGUUAAAAGAGGGAUAAAAGAAGAAAAAACAAUUUCGCAGCCUUAAAUUCGCCUAAUGAUAACAAGGGCGAAAGGGCCGUAAACAACGGGGAGAAUAUCUCUCUGUGUACAGUAUUACCAGGUAUUAUGCGAUACCUAAUCUCAUGGAGACUUUAAUGAUUUUAUUAAUUGAUGUAAGGAUUAUAUGUUUUACCUGCCUAAUAUAUAUUAUAUGAGAGAGAGAGAGAGAGAGAGAGAGAGAGAGAGAGAGAGAGAAACAGACAGACAGACAGAGAAAGAGAGAGAAAGAGAGAGGUCGUAGGUUUAGUCCAAAUGUAGUGAUGAUAAACUAACAGUAUUUUCAUUUUACAUCAUAAUGUAUACCUCGAGCAUUCCUUUUUAAAAUAAAAAUAUUUAUACUGAAA